UGGUUUGAUGCAUGCUCGCUUUACCUACUCCGAUUUCUCCAAUUGAAUGCUCUCCAAGAACAGGCUGAAUUCCACGUGAUUCCUCAAAAAAACCACUUCUGAUUUUUAUAAUCCCAGUCAUUGUUCUAGAUUAUUGAGCUUUUUGGCAGUUCGAUGGCAUGCGAGAUCAUGUUUGACUUCAAAUGACCGAUUUUGUAUUAUUGUGUUCUUUCUUCCUUGUUACAAAAUCAAUUUGUUUAAUUUCCAUGAAAAAGAUGAUUUUUUGUUUUCGCAGGAUUUUGAUGGAAAAGGAAGAUAAAUAUUGGCGGAGUGAUUUGGCAUUGUAGGGUUUGGUGGAGGAGAGUGAUGCGGAAGAAGCUUUGGAAAUCAUCAGAAUCCUCUUCUUGUUUUGUAAAGCACGCACCAUCAAUGCGAGUUGACAGUGGAGUAAUGGCGGCGACGGGAGUGGUGGCUUGCUUUUAAUUUGUGGCAGAGAGGUUUGGUGGAGAUGAACAAACACGGAGAGAGAAAUUAAGAAGAGAGAGAGAGAGAGAGAGAGAGAAGGGGGUUUGAUUUGAAGUGUGAGUUUUUUUUUUCCUUUCUGUUUUUGGAUGGUUCGAUGGCCAGAAGAUGACGGCGUUUUCGAUCUGUGCUUCUUCUUCUUCUUCUUCUUCUCGGGAGGGUUUUCGCUGUUAUCUCUAGAUCUGCUAUCUUCGAGCGUCUUUAAUGGAGAUCUCUGAGAUUGUUAGGGUUCCGGUGCUUGCAAUGUGAAAGCUUUGUUCUUUCUCUGUCCUCACGGUUUGCCCUCUUUUGAAAUUAGGGUUUGUGCGAUGGUCUUCUAGGGAAGGGCGGCGGCUUGGAUGAGUAGCAUACAUGCAUCUCUCUCUAUGGAAGCCGAUUUCCCACUGCGCCGCCCUCAUCCUCGGUGUUUCGGAGGGCGGCGGGCGGGCGCGGCGGCCUUCGGCGAUCCGGAAGCUGCAGGAGAGCAAGCUCCGGGAGGCCCUGGAGGAGGCCUCGGAGGAUGGGUCGCUGUCCAAGUCCCGCGUCAUGGACGCCGACGACGGGUUCGGUAACCCCGACGAGGGUUCCAUCAGCCGCUCGCGGUCGCUCGCCCGCCUUCGCGCCCAGCAGGAGUUCCUCCGCGCCACCGCCCUCGCCGCCGAGCGAGUCUUCCUCUCCGCCGAAUCCAUCCCCGCCCUGGACGAGGCCUUCGCCAAGUUCGUCACCAUGUACCCGAAGUACCAGUCCUCCAGCCUCAUCGACGGCCUCCGCCGCGACGAGUACUGCCACCUCGCCGACGCCGGCGCCCGGGUCUGCCUCGACUACUGCGGCUUCGGCUUGUUCUCCUACCUGCAGAGCUUCCAGGCCUGGGAGUCCUCCGCAUUCAACCUCUCCGAGGUCACCGCCAACCUGAGCAACCAUGCCCUGUACGGCGGCGCCGAGAAAGGCACGGCGGAGCACGACGUCAAGACCAAGAUCAUGGACUACCUCAACUUCCCUGACAACGAAUACGGCCUGGUGCUCACCUUCAGCCGGGGCUCCGCCUUCAGAUUGCUUGCCGAAACCUAUCCGUUCCGCUCCAACAAGAAACUGCUGACAAUGUUCGACCACGACAGCCAGUCGGUGAAUUGGAUGGUGCAGCGCGCGAGGGAGAAAGGAGCCAAGGUCCGUAGCGCCUCGUUCAAGUGGCCGACCCUCAAGCUCUGCUCCACUGAGCUGAGGAAGCAGAUCUCCGGCAAGAGGCGUAGGAGGAAGGACUCUGCGGCGGGGCUCUUCGUGUUCCCGGCCCAGUCCAGAGUCACCGGAGCUAAAUACUCGUACCAAUGGAUGGCCCUCGCGCAGCAGCACAGCUGGCAUGUGCUGCUCGACGCCGGAGCACUGGGGCCAAAGGACAUGGAUUCUCUCGGCCUCUCCCUUUUCCGGCCGGACUUCAUCAUCACCUCCUUCUACCGGGUGUUUGGUUUUGAUCCCACCGGCUUUGGCUGCCUCCUGAUCAAGAAGUCUGUGCUGGCGAGCUUGCAAAACCAGAAUGGCAGCACCGGCACCGGAAUGGUGAGGAUCGUUCCGGUGUUCCCUCAGUAUUUGAGUGAUUCCGUUGAUGGCCUCGAUGCUUUGGAUGGAAUCGAAGAUGACACAGUCAAUGGCCUAGCUGAAUCUUCCAUGUCGGAUGCCCUGAAAGGAGCCCAAUUACCUGCAUUCUCUGGUGCAUUUACAUCUGCCCAGGUGAGGGAUGCCAUCGAGUCGGAGAUGGACCACGACAAUAGCUCCGACCGAGAUGGGGCAAGCACAAUCUUUGAGGAGAGCGAGAGCAUUUCGGUUGGGGAGGUGAUGAAGAGCCCGGUGUUUAGCGAAGAUGAUUCAUCCGUCAACUCAUUCUGGAUCGAUUUGGGUCAGAGUCCAGUUGCGACUGAUCAUACGGGGCUAUCAUACAAGGGAAAGUUAGGGUCUCCAUUGCCGCCUUCAUGGUUUGCUAGAAAGAAGAACAUCGAGAAGGUGUCACCGAAUUUCAGGUGCAGGGAAUUGAGAAGCCCCCUUAUCAAUGAUCAUGUGCUGUCUUUCGAUGCCGCUCUAUUGUCGGUAUCACAGGAGCAAGAUCACACGGAGGAAGGUCCUGGGGGAUCGUCGGAGAUUUGGGCAAAGUAUGCAGUCCCUGAACAUGAGAAUGAGAUUGAGGAAGAACCUAAAGUUAAGGAUGGCAAACUGAACCAUGUCGAGGUGAAUGAGAGUGCCAUAAGAAGGGAAACAGAAGGAGAGUUUCGAUUGUUGGGGAGGAGGGAAGGAAAUACUAACCGAUUUGCUAGUAGUAAAUUCCUGGGCAUACAAGAGACUGACCGAAUCACAAGCAUGGAUCACAAGGUUUCCUUCAGCAUGGAGGACAACCGAAUUGCUGGAAUAGGCUAUGGUAAUUUUGAAUCUUGCGAAGUGUCUGGACGUGUACUUGGUGGUAGUGAUGACGACGACAAUGCUACUCGAGGCGAUGAGGAUGGCAGUGUUCAGGAGUCAUGCAGAUUGGAACCUGAGAUCAUUUGCAAAAACAUCGAUCAUGUGAAUACGAUGGGCCUCAACAAAACAACACUGCGACUAAGGUAUCUGAUCAACUGGCUAGUGACAUCAUUACUGCAGUUACGGUUACCGGAUUCAGCGGCAGGAAGUGGUGAUUCUCUUGUUCAAAUAUAUGGUCCGAAGAUUAAGUAUGAACGGGGUGCGGCCGUGGCAUUCAACGUGAAGGAUCACAAUCGGGCAGUGAUCAAGCCUGGAAUUGUUCAAAAGCUAGCUGAGGAAAAUGGUCUCUCUCUUGGCAUUGGAUUUCUCAGCCAUAUAAAGCUCUUGGACAAUCAGAAACAUUUACAUGGCGAACUUCCAACUGAUCCUGCCUUGUGUUAUCCUGCAAACGGUGGCCAUGAGAGCAAGAGCAAAAGUAAGAACAAUGUCAUUCGGGUGGAGGUUGUCACUGCUUCGCUAGGGUUCCUCACAAACUUUGAGGAUGUGUACAAGCUGUGGGCAUUUGUGGCCAAGUUUCUGGAUUCUGCAUUCCUCAAGAAUGACAGAUUAUCAACCAUUUCCGAGAUUCCAGAAACAUGAGACUGAAGCACAACCAGCAACCUCUUUUUGUAGCUCGAUCGAAACAUAAAUCAUCAAACCCUAAAGUCUGUUCGGGGUAUUGUAUCGGCAGAAAAUUCAUCCUGAACUCUUCCUGCCUCAAGGAACAACUGUGUGUGUGUUCCAUCAAGUUGAAUUGAUUCAUUCUUGGUCUUCUUUUGGAGGUACAAGUUUGAUGUAGAGUUGAAUUCAGCAAUAUAUUUAUCAUCACAAAGUUCUGAA